AUGCUUGCUUCGACGGGGACGUUGAGGAAGAAGUACUUGAAAGCGAGCAAGACCGAUGCGAGGAGGAAUUCCGUGCUGCCAGAGGUAGGCGGGGGCAUACCGGGUGUGAAUCAGAAAGCAAAGUCAAAGGUCGGUGGUUUACUCAAGAAACGAGCAUCUACGCGAAUUGGUAUUGGUGCGCCUGUCCUCCAGACUCCACAAGGCGGCAGAGCGCACCCAACUGCAUUUAGACCAUCCAAUCUCGGCCUUCCUCCAGUAACCGAAACUAGGGAAGAACGUACAGAGAAGCCAGUUCUCGACCUUCGCGUCUUCACUCAGCCAGAUUUCGACUCCGAAUCGUACGUCAGAUCACUGCUAUCCGCGGCUACAGAAGCCGAGAUCCAAGAAUUCUAUGCCUCCUUGACUGCGACCAAGAACAACACGUCAUCCGAUCUUCAGGACAACGUGUUCAAGAAUUAUGCCGAUUUUGUCAAAAUCUCCAAAGAGGUCGCGAAUUUGGAUUCCGAUAUGCAUGUUCUACGUGGGUUGUUGAAUGAUCUGCGGGACAUCACGGAUUCACUUUCGCUGGCAGACAAGGGUUCUGAGACCGAGGACAUGCCAAGCAAGCGUCGCCAUGCUACCCACCGUAAUAGUAUCGCGAAUCUUGCUGCCCUUCAUACCAGUCAAAUGCAGAGUCUUUGGGAGCACGUCGAAGGAUCACAGAAGUUCUUGCCCGCGAUCCCCGGACGUCAUGUCGUUCGCGAGUCCCCUGCGUGGGUUGAGUUGAACGUUGCUACCUGGAAGCCAAGAAUGGCCGCUCAUCUGAUUCUUUUGAAUGAUCAUUUGCUUGUUGCGACUCGCAAGCAUAUGCAUCAGAAUUCGCAGCAGCAACCAGGUGGAUCCAAUCGUGGCCAUAAGCAGCCCCGGCUUGUCAUACAGCGAUGCUGGCCAUUGGCCGAGCUUGAGCUUACUGACCUUGCCGUUGAGGAGAACAGGAGGGAAGACGUUGGCUUCGCCAUUGCCGUUCGCAUUGGGAAUGAACGGUUUGUGUAUCGCACCGACAGAACCGAGGAGAAGAAAUCCAUGCUGUCAAAUUUCAAGAGAGUUCAGGAUGAGUUGAGGAGGGACAAGGAAAGGCAAAUGGCAUAUGAACCGAGAGUGUCGGAUUCAUUGUCGUACAUGACAGCUUCGGAUCCAGCUUUGCAGUCUCGUGGAUCUCUUCUACGGGGUAUAUCAGAAAUGACACAUGCACGAAGCUCGGCAUACAUCGAAGCAGAAAAUAGCAAACGUAACUUUAGGUGGCUGCAGUCAAAGAUGGAUGAGCUCGAUGUGAAGAUUGCACAUAGGGCUUUCGAGGAAGCAGUGCACGAUGUCGAGAAAGGACGAGAGUUGGUCAAUACUUUGGAUGACGACAUUAUCGCGUCUGAACUGCUCACCAUGAAGCUUGACGAGCGGAGUUCGCGGUUAGCUGGCAUCAUCACGCAGGAUCUUUCGGAUACUGCUACAUCCUCGAAGAAAGAAGAAGUGAGAAAGAUGGCGCAGCGGCUCCUUCGUCUCGGUUAUGAAGAUCGUGCGAGAGAAGCAUUUCUGGGUGCGAGGACAAAGCUGAUCAAGCAACGAACCCGGCAAAUUCAUUUCGAAGGGAAUGUGCCGCUAUAUAUCGCGGAGCUUGCGCUUAUUCAUUUCACUCUCAUAAGGAAUACGUGUGAUAUCUACAGCGCCGCGUUCACGGAGAAUCGGAUGGUGUCAGGAUUUAUCAAGUGGGCGAAGGUACAGGUCGAAGGUAAGGUGUCUUCAUUUCUGUGA